GCGAAUCUACUAAUUGCGCAAGAUUGAGUACUCAAAUAAUUUUCAGGUGAGACGGCUUACAUGCGAUCCAGCGGAACGAAACGCACCGUGUGCCACGGCUUUAAUAGCGUGCUCCGAUUGCUUCGAAAGGGAAAGCAUUUGUCGUCCGCGAGAGGCGAAGGGUAUAGUGUCAUACCUUGGGAGCACGUGGUCUGGCGACACGUUGUGCAAUAAGUUAUUGGAAGAUGCAUCCCAUCAUGCGGGGAGAAGACUUCGAGGAAGGUCAAUUCAGCGACGCUGAUGAGGACGAACGGUUGCAGACGCAGAACACAUUCAAAGGAAGGCCUUUAUUUAAUGUGGAGAAAAAAGUGGCCGAUCUGCACAUUACGGACAAUAAAACGAACAACGUGGACAACGAUGACGACGAUGACGACGACGACUAUUUUUGUAACAACGAUUACGAUUUGGACGAGGAAAAGAAUACCGUCGUGAAAACGAGCUCGCAGAGGCCCAACGCUCAGACCACGUCGACAAAGGUAACGAAUUAUCAACCUAAACACAAGCUGCUGACCCGUUAUUCGAAUAAAAUUAAUUUGGAGAAAUACGCGGGUCCGUCGUUGCCAGGCCACGUGGCGAACGUGCUGGUCGAGAAUGACAGACGGGUUGACAAAGAUCGCAUAAGGACGAAAGACAAAAGCGAUCACGCGACGAUCGAGAACGUGUUGGAUUCGCGCAUCAAGAACAAGCUGCACAAACUGUUCGAGAGAGGAGUGCUGGCGGAGAUAAACGGUUGCAUCUCGACCGGGAAAGAGGCCAAUGUCUAUUAUGCCAGGUCGAAGAACGAAGACGAGAUCGCCAUCAAGAUAUACCGGACGUCCAUCCUGACGUUUAGAAAUCGGGAGAAGUACAUUAGGGGUGAAUACCGUUUCGACCACGUGCACUCCCUGCACAAUCCGCGCAAGAUGGUGAAGAUCUGGGCGGAGAAGGAAUUUUCUAAUUUGAAGCGUCUGGAGCAGGGCGGUGUCCGAGCGCCGCGGCCACACUUGUGCGGCGGUCACAUGUUGCUGAUGGAGUUCUUGGGCUCGGACGGCUGGGCGGCGCCCAAACUGAAGGACGCCGUACUUACGGAUUCAAAGUCGAGGACGUUGUACAGAGAGUGUAUCGAAAUCAUGUGGAAGAUGUACAACAAGUGCAGGCUCGUUCAUGCUGAUUUAAGCGAGUACAAUAUGCUCUAUCACGACGGAUCGAUCGUGGUCAUUGACGUUUCGCAGGCUGUAGAUCGUGAUCAUUGUAACGCGAUGGAAUUCCUCAGGAACGACUGUAGCAAUGUUACAGCAUUUUUCAAAAAGCACAACGUGGGAGUUAUGCCGCUUCAAGCAUUGUUCGACUUUAUAACGGAUCCAACGGUAAACGAGAAUAACAUGGACGAGUAUUUGGACAUGUGGAUGCAGGAGGCGGAUCAAGAGAAAGAUCCGCAGCAACGGGAAAUAGAGGAGGCGGUUUUCAAGCAAGCUUACAUUCCACAGAGAUUGACUCAGGUGAUCAAUGUGGAACGUGAUAUAAAUCUCGCGAAAUCCGGUAAAGAUUUGAUUUACAAGACACUGAUAGGCUUGAAAGCGGACUUAUCUAAGCCCGCGGAAACACCGGAGAUCCUCGCCAACAAACACAAGGCAGAUGGCAAAAGUAUGAAGGAGGGAAGCGAUGCUUAUACCUCCUCCGAGGAUAAUGAUGAUUCCGACAGCGAAAACGAGAGCGAAACAGACAGCGAGGAUAAUAAGAGUAAAUUCGUAAAUUCAGCUAGACCCAGAGACGAAAGUCCCGAAAGCAGAAAAGCGCGUAAAAAGGCAAUCAAAGAACAGCAGGCAGAGAAGCGAAAAGUCAAGAUAAAAAAGCAUGUGAAGAAACGUAAAGUAAAAGUUUCCUCGAGAGGAGGAAAAUAGAUGUCUACAUGGAAAAAACGAGAACAUUAUGCAAUGUAUACACUGAUUAUUAGCGAUCCUUGAGCGUUCUUAAAAUUUUAGCAUAUUUAAAAAAAAAGUACAAAACAGCAGGACACGAUUAUUUAAGGAUGAUUUGACUUGUAUAUAAAAUACAUGCAUUAAGUACUUUUUUUGUAUUA